CCCGCCCUUCGCGACCGCAUCACGCUGGGCGGGAGCGCGGAUCCCUGCGCGGGGUUGCUAAGGGUGAAAGUUUGCCGUGAGUUGGCUCACUUGAGGAUAGGGUGCGGGCGGCUGCGGGCCGGCUGGCGGCGACGGGAGGAGCGACCGACCGACGAGGAGCGGCGGCAACACCGGCACCCGCACCCCACCCCGGGCGUUUCGCACUACCGCCGGCCCCACCGCAGCCCCCGGUCCCGCCCCGCGGAGGAACCGUACCGCCGGGGAGAAGGCGAGGGAGGGGACGGGACGGGGCAGAGACCCGCACACACCGCCCGGGCUCCGCCGGCAGCUCCCACGGCCCCGACAGCCGCCGGCCCUGGAGCCGAGGACGAAGUCUGUUUGGAGCCACAUCUUGUCUAUGUGUGUGUCACUUUGUCUCUUUUAAUACACUGCCCUGACUUGCUUGCUGCAAGGGGAGUAUGCAUCUGGAGAUCAAAGUUGCUCUUAACUUCAUCAUCUCAUACCUGUACAACAAGCUUCCUCGGAGGCGGGCAGACCUGUUUGGCGAGGAGCUAGAGCGCCUGCUGAAGAAGAAAUAUGAGGGUCACUGGUACCCAGAGAAGCCUCUGAAGGGAUCUGGCUAUCGCUGCAUUCACAUCGGGGAGACAGUGGAUCCGGUGGUGGAGCUGGCAGCCAAGCGGAGCGGGCUGGCUGUGGAGGAUGUACGUGCCAAUGUGCCAGAAGAGCUGAGCGUCUGGAUCGAUCCUUUUGAAGUUUCCUACCAGAUAGGUGAGAAGGGCUCUGUUAAGGUCCUUUACCUGGAUGACAGUGAGGGCUGCAGCGCCAUGGAGCUAGACAAGGAAAUCAAGAGCAGCUUCAACCCCGACGCCCAGGUAUUUGUCCCGAUCGGCAGCCAGGACAACUCUCUGUCCAGCUCUCCAUCCCCCUCCUUCGGUCAGUCACCCAGCCCCACCUUCAUCCCUCGCUCUGCCCAACCCAUCACUUUCACCACUGCCACCUUUGCUGCCACAAAGUUCGGCUCCACCAAGAUGAAGAAGGGCGGAGGAGCCGGAGGAGGUGGUGGCGGAGCAGGGGCUGGGCAGCAGCUGAGGAUGGUCAGGUCUCCCACUACCAACCUGCUGAAGCACAAGGGUCUCUCCCUGUCUAUGCACUCUCUGAACUUCGUCGGCAGCGCCGGGAGCCAAGCCCCACAGUCACAGCUCUCCCCCAACGCCAAGGAGUUCGUGUACAGUGGCGGGUCACCGGCAGCCAGCAGCCUCUUCUUCGAUGGCGUUGCCAGUGAGAGCCAGGCCAGCAGCAUCCCGCCAGCAUCGCAGUUCAACACUGGCACGGGUGGUACCUUUGAUAUGGCUCAGGUCUUUGGUGGCAGCACCAACAGCCUCUUCUUGGAGAAGUCUCCCUUCGUGGAAGGACUCAGCUACAACCUGAAUGCCAUGCAGUAUCCCAGCCAGUCAUUCCAGCCUGUCGUCUUGGCCAACUGAACACAAGGAAAGAGAG